AUGAAGAGAGGCACCUUCCUCAUCCUCUCCAUCGCGGGGGUCUAUGGCGCCGUCCUCCACGCAGCAGCAUGGUCUGUGAAUAACUUUCUGAUGACAGGACCCAAGGCUUACCUGACGUACUCCAGCAGCGUGGCGGCCGGGGCGCACAGCGGGAUGGAGGAGUGCAAGUUCCAGUUUGGGUGGGAGCGCUGGAACUGCCCCGAGAGCGCCCUGCAGCUCUCCACCCACAACCGGCUCCGCAGCGCUACCCGGGAAACAUCCUUCGUGCACGCCAUCAGCUCGGCCGGCGUCAUGUACACCCUCACCAGGAACUGCAGCAUGGGAGACUUCGAGAGCUGCGGCUGCGAUGACUCCAGGAACGGCCGCGUCGGAGGCCGAGGCUGGGUCUGGGGAGGAUGCAGCGACAACGUGGAGUUUGGGGAGAGGGUUUCCAAGCUCUUUGUGGAUGCUUUGGAAACGGGACACGACACCCGGGCGCUGAUCAACCUGCACAACAAUGAAGUCGGCAGACUGAAAGCAGCAAUGAGGGGAGCCUGCAAGUGCCAAGGGGUGUCAGGCAGCUGCAGCAUCCAGACCUGCUGGCUCCAGCUCGCCGACUUCCGGGAGAUCGGGAACUACCUGAAGAUAAAAUACGACCAAGCCCACAAGCUGGAGAUGGACAAGAGGCGGAUGAGAGCUGGCAACAGUGCCGACAGCCGCGGGGCCACGGCGGAGACCUUCCACCACGUCCACCCCACAGAGCUCGUCUUCCUGGAGGACUCUCCCGACUACUGCACGAGGAACGCCAGCCUGGGCCACCACGGCACCGAGGGCCGCGAGUGCCUCCAGACCGGCAAGAACCUCUCGCAGUGGGAGAGGAGGAGCUGCCGGCGGCUGUGCACCGAGUGCGGCCUCCGCGUGGAGGAGAGGAGGACGGAGGUGGUGGCCAGCUGCAACUGCAAGUUCCACUGGUGCUGCACGGUGCGGUGCGAGCAGUGCCGGCAGCUGGUGGGCAAGCACUUCUGUGGCCGGCGCCUGGGGUGGGAGGGAGCGUCCCCGGGGAGCUGCGGGGCCCGGGGGGGCUGA